GAGGAAACCCAGCCAACUCCGGAGCACCGGGAUCAGAACUGGCAGAAGUACCAUUUGCUUUCGUAUGAGGAGGAACAGCUUGCCAAUCAGGUUGAGGAGAAGCUCCUCCAGGCGAGCAUUGCACCGGCCCAGGCCGAGACGGUUGACUUGAAGGGAUUCUAUAAAGUGGACCGUCAGGAGCAAUGGAAGAACUCGCUUGUGAAGGAGUACGGCAAGAUGAAAGAUGUCCUUGAGGAAGUGACCCGGGGACAACUGCGAGAGCGACUUGGAUUGCCUGGGGGAGCGCGUCUUCCCCGUGAGAUUCCUUCGAAGAUUGUUGCAACUCUUAAGCCAUGCGACGAUGCACAGGUUGCCAACGAGGACGGGUUUGCUGAGAAGAGCCGUUUGUGCGCGUGUGGGAAUUUUGAGUCUGGGGCAGACAACAACGGGGAGCCUUGGACAUCUUCGAACAUCCCACCGGAGGCGGCAUUUCUUAAUGCAGAUAUCUCUUCAGGAGAUCCGGUGAUUAUCACGCCACCCAAGGUGAUGCGAGACUUGGGUUUGGUGAGUGAAGACACAGUGUGGAUUGCGCGGAAAAACAUCUAUGGGCUAAGACGUGGCCCCACGGAGUGGGAAACCGAGCGAGACACUAAGCUUAACAACGCGACCAUUGAGCCGACCGAGGGCGACAAACAUUCCAAGCUGACAUUUGUUCCGAUCAACCUUGCUGCAGGCUUAUGGAAGCUGGUUAACGAACGAGGCGAGGUGGUUGGAGCAUGUUGCUGCUAUGUGGAUGAUGGUCUUGCUGUGGGCGACGUGGAAGUGAUCAGACGGGUUAUGGCUUUCAUUCAGGGCUUAUGGGCUAUCAAGGGUCAGGGCAUUCUUGAGAAACCGGGAUUAGGCCUUGACGGGGACUUGGUUGUUAGUGAAGCCCUUACCUUGAAGCUUGUUCAGUGCGUGCGAUUCCUCGGCGCAGAGAUCUCUGUGGCGAGCGAUGGGUUGCAGAUUGGACAGGCGAAAUACGUGGCUCAGGAGCUUCGUGCAAGGGGAUGGCUCACACUUAAAGGUGCCGAAUCGUUGCCUGUGCCAUCGGAGGGUCUAUCGGGGCCCGAGAUCCGGGAUCACACGUUUGAUCACAACGUGAAGUUGGCCCAAAAAGAGGCCGGGACAUUGAUGCGGAUUGCUUUGCGUUCCAGGCCGGAUAUAUCCGCUUGUUUGGGGAUCGCUUCGACAUUGAUUACUUCGAGACCUGCUGAAAGUUUGCGCAUGUGUAAAGGUAUAUGGAGAUACCUACGAAACACUUGGGAUAAACUUCUGCAUUAUCGCUACGGUGGCGAACCUGAGAAUCCCGGAGCCAACGAGGUUGGAGCGGAGCGGAGUUUCCGCAUAGUUUCUGACGCGUCACUGGCGCCAGGCGGCGCACGGUCCCGCAGUGGGAUUGCCCUUUUCUUGGGGGAGCACCUCCUACUUUGGAAAUCCCAGCGACAAUCGAUUGUAGCUUGGAGCGCAACCGAGUCCGAGAUAGAGGCCACCACGGGGGCGAUGCAGGAAGGAAUCAAACUUCACGCAGUCAUCGAAGAAUUGCUUGGGAGCAAGAUCCGCGUUGUUGCCAACGGGGACAAUUCGGGCGCUAUCCACUUGGUCACCCGGCAAGCGCUUUCACAUUCAGGAAAUGAGAACAAGGCAUUUUGCCAUUAG